AGGCUUCCUCCAACUCGGGUCCAAAUGCCACUGAGAUAAUGAAGACAACUGACGAUUCCAUAUCUAAAGUCCUAGACUGGUUCAGUCGAAGUUCUCAUUCAGGUGACAAUAAAGCAUCUCUCAAACAUCCUCGAGGAAUAGAGCCCAAAGGAAAAACAGAUGUAAAAUCACAAACUGCUAUUGCCUUGGUGCCAGAUGACACAAGUCUGAAAGAAAAGGGCUCAAAGGCCCUAUCUUCUACCCAAGGUGAACAUAAGCCCGUGGGGUCUGAGUCAACAUCCCUAGAAGAGGGAGAUCUUCUACUUUCUGGAAAUUACCAAAAGAAUGAUGUGAAUAUCGAAAUGAAAUCUUUGAAUUUGUCCCAACAAGGCGGCACCCCAAAGGAAGGCCUGGGCAUAUUGCAGCCUUUCGAAAGCUAUGGUGCACAUCAAGGAAGUGAAAAUAUGGAUGAUGGCCAAUGGUCAAAAAGCACAGAAGAAACUCUGAUCUCUCCCCCAACCAGCCAGGAUUCUUUCAAUGCUCUCAGCAGGUCUAACACCAGAGACCAGGUUCCCUGCCGCAGUCAGGAUACUGACAUCUUAAAUGUCGACAAGUCCAAACUUCAUAUCCAUGAAAAACCCCACUCAGAAAUGGAUUUUGACUCUUUCGCGGUUGUGCGAGAACCCAGUUUGAAAGCCAACAUGAAAGCAGAAAGGAAGAGCAAAGGAAGAGAUGCACAUGUUCUGAAAGCUUCCUUAGAGGCAGAGAAUAUUGAGUUGCCACCUGGGACUGAAAAACAUAGAUCUCCUUGGACGAAGGCUGAGGUCGAACUCCAACAAGGAGCCAAUGAGCUUCCCGACAACCAUAUGCUAAGAGAAAAGUAUAAGAGAGUGAGUGAUAGAAUAUCCUUUUGGGAAGGAGAAAAAGCUGCUCCUAAGUUAACUUACAAAGAUCCCACAUCUUCACGUAGCCAGAAUCAGCCUUCUGCUGACCCAUAUCAGCCCAUGACAUCCCUGGGAGUAUACAACACUAUGUCUCCAGGCCAGUGUGAAGAUAAUCAAGAGACUAUGAAACGGGUGUCCCUAGAUAAGGGUGGUCCAGCAUCCCAUCUUUCCAAUUUUUAUUCCUCCAAUAAACCUAAAGAAACGAAGUUCCCCAAACCAGAAAUGUCCAGCAAGAAGGAGCCUAUAACAACAUUUCCAGGAGCAAACAAUUUGCCUCCGGGAAGGGCCAUUCCUGCACUGGCAUUGCAACAUUCAUUAAAGGGUGACAGUGAAAUGAAUAGUCCUUUGGAGAAAGACCGCUCUGUAAUUGGUGACUCAAAACCCAACUUUACAGUUUUGUCCCUAAAAGAAAGAAUGGAUGAAGGCAACACAGAGCAGGUCUAUGAUCACUCUCAGUUUGAGAAUCUGAAGAAGUUCUGGGACUUAGGAGCUAAUUCAAACCGUGUGGCCAAUGUUGAGAGGAAAAGUGCCAUGAUGAGCCCUAAGAACCCUUGGCUUUUAAGUAGCCAGAAAUGCAAGCAGUCUGGUGACUUUAAAUCACCUGGGGAAAACACUCGUGAAGUAGAGGCACUUCUAAACCACAAAAAAGUUCCUGCAGGAAAGGAAAUUGAGAAAUUAAAUUCAAAGGGCAUUCCCCAGGUGCUACCAGAGGAAACCACAUUUCUAUGGAGACCACCCAGAGCAUCCAUUCAGCAGUUGCCAGAAAAUGAGUUGUCCAAGGAAAAUGUGGAAAAGAAUACAGAAUGGUGUGCUAUUCCAGUAAUCAAGAAAGAACAAGCUUACUCAGACCAAGCGAUUGAAGAGUCCAUAGUGAAAACCAGUGUUUUGCCUAGAGAGGACAGAGAUGCAUUCCAUGACAGCCUACAGAAGCUGCUUGCAGGUGCUUCGUUACCAGCAAUCCAACCUUCUCAUGAAAAAAGCCAUGUUAAACUGGAACUUGAACCAGGUUUUGCAGAAAAUAGAACAUGGUGUUCCAAGACAGCCGAUGUUGAGGGAGAAGCCAAACAACCUAAGGAGAUCAUCAGUGAGCAUGUAGAUAAAACAGUAGCUCCUCCAAAAGUAGAACAUCACACUUUCAUGGCUAGUCUGGACAAACUUCUGAAGGAAUCAUCGGAGAUUUCACUCUCUCCAUUGCAAACCAAGUUGAAACCUGUUACCACUGGAACCAAUACUGGGCCUGAAGAGAGUAGGUUUUUUAAAAAAGUCAUGGAGAAGAGUCACAACAUUUUAGACAAGAGAGAGAUGAUAGCUCCUCUUCCAGAAAAUGAAGGGAAUUCAGGAAAAGUAGCUGUCCCCCAGGAAGUUCCAAGUGGUGAGUGCCAGCCAGAGACAGAGCGCUCGCUUACAAUGGCUGCAGAGACCACUCACCGUCUUCUGAGAAAGGGUUCUCUGGGUGAGGAGGUCACUUCUCCUCAAGAUAAGCCUUUUUCACAAGAUACUCAUUUUGUUCCCCAAGAUAGGGCGGUGCCUUCUCAAAAGGAAAUCUCAGAAACUGUAGAAAGAGUCAUUCUUCCACCCAAAACUGCAUGGAAUGACAUACAUGCUGCCUUUCAGGAGCUACUUAGGGAAGCUCAGUUGAGUUGUUCAGCUGAAGGGGAAGUAUUCUCUGGAGACGUGAAACCAGAAGGUCCUGAAGGAGUGCAAGCAGCAGGUAGCACCCAAGUUUCUCAGGGAGUUAUCGUCACACCAAGAGCUACAACCAUAGUUCCAGACAGAAAUAAUGUUUCUUCUUUCCAUUUAGCUGCUGAUAAACCUCAUAUAAUUAGACCUUACAGAGCACCCCCAGAUCAAGUGACCCAAAUGUCUCCUUCAGAACAGAACCUUCCCUCAUCUGGUUCCACUGCUGAUCUGUGCAAUAAAGAGCUUCCCCAGAAAGGGGCAGAAAGGAGAAGGGAAGCAAUUACUCAACCAAAAUCACAGCUCCUCAAAGUCAGUGCUGGUUUAGAAAAACAAAUGGAAGAAAUCAUUGAAAACUCCCCCUCAAACUAUGAAGACAAUGCACGAACUGUUUCUCCAUCCACGUUAAUAGAGAGUGCUGAGGAUCCCAGGCAGGCUGCUUCUGCAUUUCUUCCCAAAGAGAUAAAAGAAACAGUAGAAAAGUCUGAAGCUCCCUCAAAAACUGAGAGUGCUUUUGAUAUUGGUUUUGAGAAGCUCUUAGAAGAAAUAGCUGCAGCUCCCCAUCAGCUCCAGAGGUCAGUGGAGGGGGAGGUUCCUGAGAAGUCCCCACAGUCAGAGAAGGCCAGGGUGUUGAGUGUGGUGCCCCAUUUUCACCGGACAGCCUCAGAGACCUUGGGCAUAAACUCUAAGAGUAAUGAUUUGAAAUCUCUCGUCAAUCAACUGGAUAAAGAUUUAGGGACCAGUGGAACUAUAAACUCCCCAGGGGACAGGCACAGGGAGAGUGAGCUUCCAAAGAAAAAGGGGAGUUUUCAGGAGCCUGGCUUCCAACAGACUCCUGAAGCAAUUUGUGGGUCCGGAAAUCAGCAACCCAUUCCUCAUCUGAUGAACCAAGAAAACUCUACAAAAGCAAGUAAAGUUAAACUGUUUCUGACAUCAUCAUAUUAUAAGAGACAAGAGAAAGAAGAAAAAGGUUUUACUGAUUCUGAAUUUUCUGAUGGAAACAUCAGUUCCAACGCAGAAAGCUGGAGAAAUACAUCCAGUUCAGAAGAAGAACCCAGCCCUGUUUUGAAAUCUAUGGAAAGGAGUGCACCUAGGAAAAUGCCUUCCAAAAGUUUAGAAGACAUUUCAUCAGAUUCAUCAAGUGAGAAUAAAGAUCAAGCAAAAGUAGAUAAUCUGCCAGAAGAAUUAGUACGUAGUGCUGAAGAUGAUAAAAAAGCAGAUCAGGAACCAGAUACAAAUGAAAGCGUACCAGGAAUUUCCACAGUGCCUUCACAACCUGGUAAUCCGUUUUCCCACCCUGACAAACUCAAAAGGAUGAGCAAGUCUGUUCCAGCCUUUCUCCAAGAUGAGAGUGAUGACAGAGAAACAGAUACAGCGUCAGAAAGCAGUUACCAGCUCAGCAGACACAAGAAGAGCCCGAGCUCUUUAACCAAUCUUAGCAGCUCCUCUGGCAUGACGUCCUUGUCUUCUGUGAGUGGCAGUGUAAUGAGUGUUUAUAGUGGAGACUUUGGCAAUCUGGAAGUUAAAGGGAAUAUUCAGUUUGCAAUCGACUAUGUGGACUCGCUGAAAGAGCUGCAUGUUUUUGUGGCGCAGUGUAAGGAUUUGGCAGCAGCAGACGUGAAAAAACAGCGUUCGGACCCUUAUGUAAAGACCUAUUUGUUACCAGACAAAGGCAAAAUGGGCAAGAAGAAAACAUUCGUGCUGAAGAAAACGUUGAAUCCUGUGUAUAAUGAAAUACUGCGGUACAAAAUUGAAAAGCAAAUCUUAAAGACACAGAAGCUGAAUGUAUCCGUUUGGCAUCGCGAUACGUUUAAACGCAAUAGUUUCCUGGGGGAAGUGGAGCUUGAUUUGGAAACAUGGGACUGGGACAACAAACAGAAUCAGCAGUUGAAGUGGUACCCUCUGAAACGGAAGACAGCCCCAGUUGCCCUUGAGGCAGAAGACAGAGGGGAAAUGAAGCUAGCCCUGCAGUAUAUCCCAGAGCCAAGCCCUGGUAAAAAGCUUCCUACAGCUGGAGAAGUGCACAUCUGGGUGAAGGAAUGCCUGCAUCUACCCAUGCUAAGGGGCAGCCAUCUAAAUUCUUUUGUUAAAUGCACCAUCCUUCCAGAUACAAGUAGGAAGAGUCGCCAGAAGACAAGGGCCGUGGGGAAAACGACCAGCCCUGUCUUCAACCACACCAUGGUGUACGAUGGGUUCAGGCCUGAAGAUCUGACCGAGGCCUGUGUGGAGCUCACUGUCUGGGAUCAUUACAAAUUAACCAACCAGUUUCUGGGAGGCCUAAGGAUUGGCUUUGGAACAGGUAAAAGCUAUGGUACAGAAGUAGACUGGAUGGACUCUACUUCAGAGGAAGUUGCUCUCUGGGAGAAGAUGGUAGAGUCCCCCAAUACUUGGGUUGAAGCGACACUGCCCCUCCGGAUGCUACUGAUUGCCAAGAUUUCCAAGUGAACUCAGCAUCCACUGUCCUCCCCACUGGAAACUUCCAAACCAAUGGAGGCCGAUCUUAAAAGUCUGACUCUGUGGACAGAGACCCUCACUGUCUUAUCUACUAAAGGAUAUUACAUAGCAUGUUAAAAUCAACCCGCAUGUACUUUGUUUUUUGGUUACAAGACCCAUGGCAUUUACAUACAGACAGUCUCACACACCCUCUCCCCGAGUUCUGAACAAGUUCCAUCCCUAAGCCUGUCUUUAAGUGGAAUUUGUACAUACCGUAUGUACUUGAGUAUAAGCCGACCCGAAUAUCAGCCGAGACACCUAAUUUUACCACAAAAACUGCAUUAAAAAUGUGCUGAAACAAUCGGCUUACACACGAGUGUAUACAUAAGUUGGAACCGUUAGGUCUGGUUCAUAUUUAACAUCAGUUAGUCCAAUAUUUGUCUUAGUAUGUAUGUAUUGUAUCUUUAUAUGCAUAAAAAUAUCUAAGGAAAUAGUUCCAGAUAUGCCAAAUCAUCCAAUAUAAUAAUACUAUGAUAAUAUGUUUUGAUGCAUGUCACAAAAUAGUGCCCAUUUGUUACUAUGAGCAAGCGUAUGUACCUCUAAUUUUUAAUAUAAUUGUUGUUAAGAGGGCCAGUUUGUACUAUGAGUUGAGAGUUGGGUGUUCAUAAUCCGGGUACUGCCUGAAAUGACAAGUUUAAAUGUAGCUUCUGUGCAGUUCCAACAUUAAAGAUAGGUGAUCCCGUGAGGAAAUUCUAACCAUUUCUGCUACCAAAAAAUAUUGAAUACAGGGUGUUUCUAAGUAGCAAGAUUUUUCUAAGUUGUCAUCAUGUAUUUCACACCAUAACCUUGUGUCAUUUGGUCAUGCAAAACCCUUCCAGGAGCCAUAUAAACAGAAGGACAUUGUUGAAAAGUUUGCCGAACAUGGUCUUAAAGGAAGAAAAGGCAGAACAUCAGUGAUGAUAAAGGAAACUAUUUACUCUGUAAUAUCUAUUAAGACAUUAAAUUCUAUGUUAAGGCUGAGAGACUGAGUUUAUUUCAUGUGUUUUCUGCCUUGAAAAACUGCUUUUCCUUUCUCCCAGCGUUAAAGCCCGUCUCAGGUGUGUGUGGGUGCCAUCUACUGGCCACAGACGGAAUUCAGUGGUUGCCCGGUAUUUUGGCUAAUUGUGCUUAAACUUGGUCUGAAAUCUAUAUUUUAUAGUAUAAUAUGUUUCCCCUCAAAAAACCCUCAGAUAUAAUUGUUUUUCUUACAGCUUUAGUAUAGGAGAGCACCAUGAGUAAUCACAUAUGUGCUUUGCCACAUUUUUUCAUUAGACUGUCAAUUGCUAAAUGGUACUGUACUUCCUAUGUAUGUAUAAUUUUCAAAAAGUAUUUUGUAAAGACCCUUAGAAUAAAUUAUUACAUAAUUUAAA